AUGGAAGCGCUGUUGCACGGCCUGGCAAGAAUCUGGCACAUGACGACGUGGUUCUAUGCUGUGGCGAGCUGUUUGUGUGCCCUGAUCAUCCACCGAUGGGCUGGCUGUGCAGAUGCGUUGCCUCCAACUUUGUCGGAGUCGACUGCUACCUUAUUGGUGAAUCUGCUUCACUCAAUUCGCACGGUGACAGUCUUCCUCUUAGGCUUCUUCCUCUCUGCAUGCUUAAACCGCUGGUGGGCCAUGCGCAACGAUGGGAUCGGAAGCCUUUGGGGUUCCAUGAACGACUUGUCUCUGCUUGUGGCAAGCUAUUUUCCCCGGGAUGACCCAGAGGACGGCCUGGUCAGGGAACGACUUCUUCGCUGGUCAGUUCUGUCACACGAGCUCAUGUACAAGCAGGCCAUGGGAGACGAGAAUUUGGAUGAUUUGGUGCAAUGUGGACUGCUUGAACAGGAUGAGCAGCAAGUCCUGCAGCCUUUGCCGUCCAAAGGGCAAGUGGUUUGGGCAUGGGCCUCUUCGUACAUUGCACAUUUGGCUGCGGGGCCAGUUGACCAGGGCGGCAGCCGGCUUCCUUUCCCUGUCACGACAAUGCCAGCUAUGCAGCGGCUUUGUUGCCAAGCACGUGGUGCAAUCGGAGCAACUCUAUCUUAUGUGGACACGCAAGUUCCCUUUCGCUAUAUGCAUGCGUUAGGACUUGUUGUGGCAAUGCACAAUAUCAUGCAAGCUAUCACGUCCACGGUUGUCAUCGCCCGCGCUCUCUGCAAGCAAAACUAUAUCACGGCAAGUGUUGAAGUACUUUGUGUCGUGUUCUUCCCCACAGUGUUUGCAGGUUUGCUUAAUGUGGGGGCUGGGAUGCUGAAUCCUCUUCGCUCCUGCUCUGACACAGAUUUCCCCCGUGGAGCAUUUUCGUACUUCAUGCUCUCCGAAAACCGUGGUUUUCAUCAAGGGUGCUUGCAGCUGCAGAACAAAUGGUUCAGUGGCAGCCCCAGCAACAAGGUGGCUUCGAGCAGCUGUGGCAAUCUAUCCUAG